CAAAGGCUGUGUUUCUGGGUGUGGGAGAGAAAUGGCGCCGGCGGCUGAAAGAACAACAACAUAAACCGCUGGAAAAGCUGAGCAGGUCCGGCAGCUCGUGUCGGGAGAAGUCCGAGGAAACAUUACCGGUCCGGGGGUCCUCCUUCAGAACAGGACCAGGUUUCAGAAACAUCCCGGGGAGGUCGCCAGGUCCGAGCGCCAAGACCUGGCUCCUGCCCCCGGGGAGAGGAGACAGUGAGACAGGAUUUCCGCUCUCGGCCUAGCACCGCCUCAUUGUAACGCCACAACGCGGAAGUGGCCCGAUCCGUUUCAGAGUGAAACACCCUCCUCCAGGCAACUCCUCAUCCUGGAAGGGAGAAGGAAAAUCUGUUCACUUGUAGCAACUGGAGUGAAUCUAGGGAGGGAUCAGACUCCGCAACCUCUGAGUAUUUGAAGAUCUGACAACUGAAGUUCCAAAAUCAACAGAUGAAAGGCUUACACCCGAAACGGUGACUCUCUUGCUCCUCGGAUGCUGCCUGACCUGCUGUGCCUUUCCAGCGCCCCACAUUUUGACUCUGGCUCGCCAGCUUCCGCAAUCCUCACUUUCACAUCGAUAACUGACCGUCGCUGAGUCCAGUUUUGACUCUGAUUCUGUGAGAAGGAGCAAAGCUCUUUGGUUCCUGUUUCAGUAUAUUUUCAGCAUUAGUGGAACUGGAUGAGAGACCCUACUAUUGCAGCACAGUGAGUGUGGAGCCUGAAACAGUUAUACGGCCUGGAAAGAGGAAUUCACGGCAGGUAGAGGAUCUAUACAUAUUUGUGUGUGGCUGAAGAUUCGGCCAUGGAGAAACCAGAGGAAUCCCGCCCCGUGGAGAAACCGUGGAAAUGUGGUGACUGCGGGAAAGGCUUCCGUGUCCCAUCUGCCCUGGAGACUCAUCGGCGCAGUCACACCGGGGAGAGACCGUUUUCCUGCCCUGAGUGCGGGAAGGGGUUUGUUCAGGCCUCCCACCUGCUGUCCCACCAUCGGGUCCAUACCAGGGUCUGGCGGUCCACCUGCCCCGUGUGUGGGAAGGGCUUUACCCAGGCCUCCCACCUUGUGACCCACCAGCGCAGUCACACCGGGGAGAGGCCAUUCUCCUGCGCUGAGUGCGGGAAGGGCUUUACCCAGGCCUCCCACCUUGUGGCCCACCGGCGGGUCCAUACCGGGGAGAGGCCGUUCUCCUGCUGUGAGUGCGGGAAGAGAUUUACCCACUCCUCCCACCUCCAGGCCCAUCAGCGGGUCCACACCGGAGAGAGGGCAUUCUCCUGCCCUGAGUGCGGGAAGGGCUUUACCCGCUCCUCUGCCCUGCUGGCCCACCAGCGGGUCCACACUGGCAAGCGGUCCUUCCCUUGUUCUGAAUGUGGGAAGGCCUUCAGCGAUUCUUCUACCCUGCUGGCCCACCGGGGACUCCACUCUGGGGAGAGGCCCUUCAGCUGUCCGAAGUGUGGGAAGGCCUUCAGCAAUUCCUCCGUCCUACUGAGGCACCAGCGGAUCCACACGGGGGAGAGGCCAUUCAGCUGCCCUGAGUGUGGGAAGGGCUUUACCCAGGCCUCCCACCUACUGACCCACCAGCGGGUCCACACGGGUGAACGGCCGUUUGCCUGUUCAGAAUGUGGAAAGGCCUUUAUUGACUCGUCGGACCUGAGGAGGCACCGGCGGGUCCACACUGGAGAGAGGCCGUUCCUCUGCACUGAGUGUGGGCGGAGGUUCACGUUGUCCUGUAACUUGCAGAGGCACCAGCGGGGGCACCAGCGCUCUCAACAAUCGGAUUCUACCAGUGAUGCUGCUGUGGGUCACCCUCACUCCUCUGCGCUCCGACGUCACUUCCGCCCAGCUCCGGCUGGCGCUCUGCUGCCGGAAGCCCGCUGGCUUCGAGGGGGGCUGUACACACGUUUGUGUGUGGCUGAAGCUUUGCCCAUGGAGAAACCUGAGGAAUCCCGCCCCGUGGAGAAACCAUGGAAGUGUGGCGACUGCGGAAAAGGCUUCCGUGUCCCAUCUGCCCUGGAGACUCAUCGACGCAGUCACACUGGGGAGAGGCCUUUCAGCUGCCCAGAAUGCGGGAACGGCUUCACCCGCUUCUGCAACCUGCUGGUCCAUUGGCGGGUCCACACCGGGGAGAGGCCAUUCAGCUGCCCUGAGUGUGGGAAGAGGUUCACUAGCUCCUCCCACCUACUGGCCCAUCAGCGGAUCCACACUGGUGAGAGGCCCUUUCCCUGCCCCGAUUGCGGGAAGGCCUUCAGCGAAUCCUCCACCCUCAUAAAGCACCGGCGGGUCCACACAGGGGAAAGGCCCUUCAGCUGCCCUGAGUGUGAGAAGGCCUUCAGCUAUUCCUCUGACCUACUGGCCCACCGGCGGAUUCACACAGGUGAGAAGCCCUUCAGCUGCCCCGAGUGUGGGAAAGGCUUUACCCAGUCCUCUGCCCUGCUGGGACACCGGCGUGUCCACACUGGGGAGAGGCCGUUCGCCUGUCUUGAGUGCGGGCGGAGGUUCACGGUGUCCUGCAACUUGCGGAAGCACCAGCGGGGGCACCAGCGUUCUCAACAAUCUGAUUCUGCUGGUGAUGCUGCUGUGGGCCACCCCCAGGACUGAACCUCCUGCCCGCUCUGACAGUGGGCGCCGUGGUAGAGUUGGUGGGCUUUUUCUUUGUGCUGGACUGCCCCCCCCCCUUUUUUUGGACUUUGGAAUCCAAAUUCAGCAAGCAGGAGGCUGGGAGAACACAGCAAGCCAGGCAGCACCAGGAAAUGGAGUAAUGAGUAUUUUGAGUAUUAACCCUUCUUCAUCUACCAAAACAUUGACUUCUCCAUCAGAAAUAAUUUACCAGGAUGUUGCUGGGGGUUGGAGGAUUUGAGCUGCAGGAAGAGGCUGAUUAGCCUGGGGCUGUUUUCCCGGGAGCAUUGGAGGUGGAGGGGUGACCUUUAUAAAGGUUUAUCAAAUCAUGAGGGUCAUGGUUAGGAUAAAUAGAAAAUGUCUUUUCCCUGGAGGUGGGGGAGUCCAGAGCUAGAGGGCAGAGGUUUAUGGUGAGAGAGGAAAGAAUUAAAAGGGGCCUAAGCAGCAACAGUUUCACACACAGGGUGGUGCAUGAGCUGCCAGAGGAAGUGGUGAAGGUUGGUAAAAUUACAAUAUUUAAAAGGCGUCUGGGUGGGGACAUGAAUGGGAAGAGUUUAGAGGAUAUGGGCUGAGUGCUGGAAAAUUAGUAUAGAUUAAUUUAGGAUAUCUGGUCAGCAUGGAUGAGUUGGACCGUUGAGUCCAAGUAACCUUGAAAAGUUCAAUCUUGUUGAGCUCACGUCCUGAAAGAUUUCAAAUGCUUCCCUCCAAGUGAUACUGUUUAAAUAUACUGAGUUAAACAAAGUAUCCCAUUAGGUUCGACACAAACCCAGAGUUGAAGAUGUCAGAAGUCACAUGCCACCAGGUUACAGUCCAAAGUUUAGUUGAAAUCCCAAGCUUUAGGAGCAUUGUUCCUUCAUCACUUCACCUGAGGAAGGAGCAGCACUCUGAAAGCUCGUGAGUUCAAAUAGACCUGUUGGACUCUCACCUGGUUUCGUGUGACUUCUGACCUUGAUCCAGCCCGAUCCAACACCAACACCUCUGCGUCAGAAUUAUAGAGUCAUAGAGGUGUACAGCAUGGAAACAGACCCUUCGGUCCAACCCGUCCAUGCCGACCAGAUAUCCCAACCCAAUCUAGUCCCACCUGCCAGCACCCGGCCCAUAUCCCUCCAAACCCUGCCUAUUCAUUUAUCCAUCCAAAUGCCUCUUAAAUGUUGCAAUUGUACCAGCCUCCACCACAUUUUCUGGCAGCUCAUUCCAUACACAUACCACCCUCUGCAUGAAUACGUAACCCCUUAGGUCUCUUUUAUAUCUUUCCCCUCUCACCCUAAACCUAUACCCUCUGGUUCUGGAUUCCCUGAUCCCAGGGAAAAGACUUUGUCUAUUUACCCAAUCCAUGCCCCUCAUAAUGUUGUAAACCUCUUAAGGUCUCCCCUCAGCCUCUGACGCUCCAGGGAAAACAGCCCCAGCCUGUUCAGCCUCUCCCUGUAGCGCAAAUCCUCUAACCCUGGCAACAUCCUUGUAAAUCUUUUCUGAACCCUUUCAAGUUUCACAACAUCUUUCUGAUAGGAAGGAGACCAGAAUUGCAUGCAAUAUUCCAACAGUGGCCUAACUCAAUGUCCUGUACAGCUGCAACAUGACCUUCCAACUCCUGUACUCAAUACUCUGACCAAUAAAGGAAAGCAUACGGAUAUUUUUCAGCAUGAUUUAGUGAGAUGCUCACCUGGAAACUCAAAACUGUCGGAGCGACAAAGAGGUCAUAGAGUCCUACAACACAGAGACAGGCUCUUUGACCCAAACCGAUCCAUGCUGACCAAAAUAUCCAUCAACACUAACCCCAUUUCCCUGCACUUGGCCCGUAUCCUACUAAACCUUUCCUCUCCAUGUAUUUGUCCAAAUGCCUUUUAAAUGUUGUUAAUGUACCUGCCUCAACCACUUUUCGCUGGCAGCUCAUUCCAUACAAAUACGACACUCGGUGUUUUAAAAAAAAGUUACCCCUCAUGUUCUUUCCCCUCUAACCUUAAACUGAUGUCCUCUAGUCCUCAAUUCCCCAACUCCAGGAAAAGACGGAGUGCACACACACUAUCCAUGCCUCUCGUGAUCUUGGAUACUUCUAUAAGGUCCCCCCUCAGUCUCCUAUGCUCUAAAGAAAAGUCCUAACUUGUCAAACCUCUCCCUAUAACUCCAGACCCUUGAGUCCUGGCAAUAUGCUUGUAAAUUUCUUCUGAACUCUUUCCAGUUUAAUACCAUCCCUGUUAUAGCAAGGUGACCAAAACUGAACGCAAUACUCCAAGUGUGGCCUCACCAACGUCCUUGAAACUGCAACGUAACUUCCUGAUUGUUAUCAUCAAUGCCUUGACUGAUGAAGGCCAAUGUGUCAAAAGCUGCCUUCACUGUCCUGUCUAUCUAUGUUGUCAGAAAUAUAGGACUUACUCCAAACUGGAUGCACAAUCCAGCUAAUGGAACAGGAUACUGCUACCUUUCUCGAGAUUAGUCUCCCAGAGAGAGUUUGCUGGCUGACUGAUGUACUGAACCUCACAGUCCCCACUGCUCUUAGUUAGCUGGAAGGGGUCCAGCCUAAGGUGGAAGCCUUUAUCAUCUCUUUGGGAUUGAUCCCCAUUCAUUUGAUGCUAUUGAGUCAUACAGCCCGGAAACAGACCCUUCGGUCCAACCAGUCCAUGAUGCCCCACUAAACUAGUCCCAUCUGCCUACUCCAGGUCUGGAUCCAGUAGUAAUAGUCAUAGAGAUGCACAGUACAGAAACAGACCCUUCAAUCCAACUUGUCCAUGCUGACCAGAUAGCCCAACCUCAUCUCAUCCCAUUUGCCAGCACUUGGCUCAUAUCCCUCUAAACUCUUUCUAUACUUACACACAUGAAGAUGCCUUUUACAUGACUUUGUACCAGCCUCCACUGCUUUUGCUGGGAGCUCAUUCCAUACACACACCACCCUCUGCAUGAAAAGAUUGCUCCUCAGGUCCCUUUUAAGACUUUCUCCUCUCACUUAAAACCUGUUCCCUCUUGUUCUGGACUCUUCUUUUUUUUUCCCCCACUUAAAGUCGUUGACUGUUUACCCUAUCCAUACCCCUCAUGGUUUUAUAGACUUCUAUAAGGCAACUGACACCCCAGGGUAAACAACCCCAGCCUAUUCAGUCUCUCCUUUUCCCUCCAAACCUUUCCUAUUCAUGUACUUAUCCAAAUGUCUUUUUAAUGUUGUAAUCUCACUGUAAAAAUGUGUCCCCUAGACUUGAAAUCUCCCAUCCUCGGGAAGAGACAACUACCAUUAACCCUAUCUACACCCCUCAUGGUUUUAUAAACAUCGCCUUUCAAGCUCCUCUGCUCUAGCGGAAAGACAUCCCAGCCUAUCCAGCCUUCAUUCCAAUUUGAUAAUAGUGGCACAGUGAAGAUUUUGGCUCUUUCUUUGUCAAGGAUCUCUCAAUUCUAAGCCAACACCAUGCUUCUUAAGUUUACCUGAUCUUAAAAUGAAAGGCACCCUAUUCAGAUAAAAUGUCUGUUUUCUGUGCAAAGUCAGUCCUGGUUGGUAAAUUGCCAGUGGUGUCUUAUAUUCCCAUAGGCUACUUGUGACUGGGUCGUAUGCUCUGUUUUGAGAUGUAUGAGUAAAACUUCAUAAUAAAAGAUGGAUGGAACAUUUA